CUCGUUUCCUUCUGUGAAAUAUUUCAGGUAAAGCUGGGUGGAGACUUCUGAGGAGACCAGUAUGUCUUACUCACACUUCCCUGUGAGCACAGACAGGUCCAGAGGACGAGAGACGAACGCUGACAGAACUCAAAGCAGCCGCUCAUCCAGGAACAAAAGGAUGCUUUACACUGAGUUACUGCAACUGUGGCAACAUUCGGUGGAGGCCGUGGAUGCGAAGGACUGGCCAACAGCUCUGGCCAAACUCAAUGAGAUCAGUGAGCCCACUUCUCGCACGCUGUUUAAUACGGCCUCAUGUUACCUGGCCCUGGGGCAGCUGGAUUUGGCCUUGAAGGCUUUACACUUAACCAUUGCUAAGGAUGAACGCCUUGCUGUCGCCUUCUUCCAGCGAGGAGCAGUGAUGAUGGAGAUGGGCAGGUUGGAAGAGGCUCUAUCUGACUAUAUCUGGGCACAGAAACAUAUGCGAGAGAACGUAGUGAUUGACUACAAACAGCUGGGACUGAGAUUUAAACUGUACAGCUGGCAGGUGUUAUACAACGCAGCAGCUGUGUAUUGUCAGAUGGGCCAGUGGGAGCAGGCCAGGGACGUCCUGCUGUCAGCCUCCCAGGAGAAAGGACCAGGACGAGGGGGGAGCAUGGAGGCAGCUUUGGAGAGCAUCAGGAGUAAGCAGGCCCUGGAUCCUCUCCUGGUACCUGAGGGCGUGGUGUUUCGUCCCAGGAAACAGGAUGUGGAGCAGCUGCAGCAAAGAGACUUCUUGGGAAAAGCGACGAGAAUUUCCAGUGGGAUUCCCCUCCCACCAGGACUCAAGCCACCCACUCGCCCACAGUCUCAGCAUAGUCCUGCAGCUCCUCCACAGGGACAUCUUACCUCAGACACACCUCCCCCAUCGUACAUUACUGCCACCCACUCUGAGACUCCCUCAGACACAGCCAAAACACGAGACCAGUUUUUCAUCUAUUUUCCUGCUGAUCCACCACUUCCUCUCACUCCCUCGUCCUCUCUCAUUAGACGUAAGCACCACGGCUCCAGCGUGCUGACACCUCUGGAUGAGGAAAUCGAGUCAGCUCACACUGUGCAGCAGUUGGCUGAGGCCGGCAGAGCUACCCUGUGGUGCCAGAAAGAAGAUCCCCUGGCCAGCCGUACUAUCCUCUACCAGAUGGUGGCUCUUUAUGAUUAUGAUGCUCAGGGGCCAGAAGACCUGGAGUUCAGUGAAGGCGACACUAUUGACAUCCUCGGUGAAGUUAAUCAGGAGUGGCUGGAGGGACACUGUGCAGGAAGUAUUGGGAUUUUCCCCAGCUGCUUCGCCUACAGGGAGAAUAACAACAUCGCUCUGAGCUCAGAGAUUUUGUAAUCAAAAGUUCAUUGUUGCAUUAAUUUUUAAAGCACCUGUUAUUCUAUGAAUGUAACAGUUUACAGGCUUGGAGCAAGCAAUCAGCUUACGAGGCUGUUAGUGCACCGAGUGCUGUCUUCACUGUGCUGCGAAGAUAUUUUUUAAUAAAAACUUUUGUUUAAGAACAUUAUACAUGAAAGCUAUCAUAUUGGUGUAUCCAUCAUUACCAUAUAAUCUUUAUUGCAUGUUUGAUGUAUAAUAUUAUUAAUGUAUAUACUCUCACUCAUACAUCAACAUGUUGGAGUGAGGGGGAUUUUUACAGUACUGUGUGAACAACCAGUGUUUGUGUUUCAGAUCUUUGUUUGAUCUUUGAUGAUUGUUAUUCCUGGUUUUGGUUUUCUUUGGUUAGUUCUUACUGAUCUUAGUUCUUGCUUCCUCUGUAUUUCUCUUAGCCUGUGUUCAGUCUCUGUCCUCACGUUUUCUCUGUGCCUGUGUCACGCCUCAUGUUUAAUGUGAUUGAUGAUGUCAUGCUUCUUGUAGGCAGAAAGAUCUGCCAUCCAUCACCCAGUCGCUUGCUGGUGAUAUCAGACACUUCCUGGUUCAUGAGCUUCUGUUCCCUCUGUUCCCGAGUCCGUCACGUCUCAGUGUGAAGCCUGUGUCUCCGAGUCUGUCUUUGCAUAUGUGUUGUGCUUCCUUCCUGUUUUCCAUUACCUUCGCCCUUUGUGUUUGUCCUCUGUGCUCCAAGUAACUCUAAUUCUCAGGUCCUGGUUUAUUUUCUACUGUUGUAGUGAGUUUUAUACUGAUAAUAGUGAAUCCAGCAAUAAAGUUGCUGCUUUCAGUUAAA